AUGAAAGCGUCUGGUGACUCGUUCUCCGAGCUUUGGAGCAGUGGAAGUCAGGCACAGACAGAUGGUGUGAUUACCAACCGGCAUUCAUCCAGUCGAAAAAGGAAAGCACUUAUGACAAAUGUCUGCUUCCGGUAUCCUACUCUGAGUAGUGAUUUGUCUAGCGACAGCCCAAGUGUGGCAUCUCUCAGUAACCGGGGAACGGCUGGAAAAUGGAAUCUGCCAUCUUCCAGUCUCGACACGGGGUUGAGUGAUGAUGACGUAACUAGGAAGAGAUGUCCUGUGAGCGAGCCCAUUUGCUUAAAGGAAGAAUAUGAGAACGAAGUGAACGCUUUCUUAUACAGUUGCUUCGGAGAUCAUCAAAUUUUCCGGCGACAAGAUCCAGAUGUUGUAGCAUGCCUUGUCGAUAUCCUUAACCACGUCAGUAACGGCUUACCGGCGUCCAUGGCUUCGUUGGCAGGUUUG